AUGGUGUCCAAAUCUGUGGCCAACUCAAUGCUUCUGCUGAGGAUAGUUGCUCUUGCAGCCUCAGUAAUAACUGUGGCCUUAAUAGUUACCGACAAUGUCAAAUUUGAUGAUGGCACAAAGCUGAAAUUCCAAGAUAUCCAUUCAUACAGCUAUGUGCUGGUGGUUGCAGCAAUUGCUGGAGCAUAUUGUUUAGUGCAGCUACCAUUUGCCAUAUACUAUGCCGUACAGCAGAAGAGGCUGAUACGCAAUGAAUUCUUGCCAGAAUUUGACUUCUAUGGAGACAAGGUAAUUAGUCUGCUUCUGGCCACAGGCGUUGGUGUUGGUUUUGCAGUGUCUAUUGAAUUCAAGAAAUUCUUCGACGACUUGUUCGAUGGUUCGGGUGUUCCAAAGAGUGAUUCUACAAGGUCCACAAACGACAAGUUUUAUAUUCGGGGGAUUGUCGCUUCUGCUAUUCUCCUUGUAGCAUGCGUUGCCAUGGCUGUCGUUUCAGUCAUUUCCUCCAUUAAUCGACACAGAAGCAAAGGCGUUUUUCGGUGA